AAUCGUCUUUUCGACGCAUCUCUAUGCACAGCUUCUUGCCAUUUUCUUUCCGUGAAAAUUGCGAAGUUCAAAUAUUUUGCGAGGGAGGCUCACUUAAAGUGAAAAACAAAAUAUUAAAAUUUAAUUUCCUGUUCAGAUUCCUGGUGACAAAACACUUAACAGAACACUCAAAAAUCAAGUUUCCGAUUUACAGCAUCAGAGCUCGAUAAUGAAUCAAGAAAAUAAGCCACCGAUGACUUGGGUGCCCGCCGGACAGGGUGGUUCAUUUGUCGGCUCUACUUGGGGGAUCCCCCCAUAUGCAAGAGCUGUCUUUGUGCCUGCCGGGCAGGGUGAGCCAUACGCAGGCGCAUGGGUCCCCAACGGACUGAUUGAACAAACUGUAGGCGCCUGCGUGCCCGCCAUACUGAUUGCACCAUCUGCAGGCGUCUGGGUGUCUACCGGACAGAGUGGUCCAUACGCAGGCGUCUGGGUGCCCGUCGGACUAAUCGGACCAUAUGCAGGCGCCUUGGUGCCCGCCGGAAUGAAUGGACCAUAUGCAAGCGCCUUGGGACCCACCGGGCAGGGUGCGCCAUACGCAGGCCCAUGGGUCCCCAACGGACGGAUUGAACCAUCUUCAGGCUCAUGGGGAUCCACCGGGCAGGCUGGACGACCAGCUCCACAAAAUCGUCAUCAAAAGCGUCAGUUACUACGCUCCACCUAUGUUCCUUAUUCCCAUCAGCUGGAGAAGGAAUUCGAGGAGGACGUCGCAGCUUAUAGCAAUAUAUCCUCAGUCGACAAGAGCUUGUAACCGCGGGUGAAUUGCCGUGCACGCGAAAUUCCGCUGCACAACCCACAACCAGAGCAAUAACUUAACUAUUAAUCGAAAUACCAUAGAGAAAACUUAACUGGUCUUUUUAUUUACGACAUUAUUUACUAAGGCUAGUAUUUAUUAUUACUGGAUUACCAUUCCAGUCCUGUCGCAGCUUCACAUUCGAAUCUAUGGCUAUUGGACACGCCGCAUUGGACACGGUUGCGUCUGCGCAAUCCUUUUGAUAACCUCAUCGCUCAUUCGUAAUGUGAGCAGGCAACUCAGCUGUUUUUGUGUAUAUCGAAGUCGAUUGCUCGACUCGUGGCAAAUUAUAUUGAAAUCGCCAUAUAAAUUCCUAUAUCAGAAUGUGUAACCCCCACAAUAAGAAGUCGAACAAAAAAAAAUGCAAGGAACCCGGGCAAAAGAAUGUGAGUAGAUAAAACCGAUGGGGACACGCAAAAAAUGUCUCGCUGCUAAUAAAUUACCACGCAGAAGCCGACACAGAAGCGGACACAGGAAAAAGAGCACGUGUCGGGUUUUCUAGACCGUGGGAUAUCAGAGGUGCAGAAAGAUGACGGCGUGCGUAAGCAGAAGAUCUACGAAGAUUUCGUCGAUUUUUAUGAGGGCGCUGGACUCUGGACUGGAUAUUCUGCACCACCGUACCAGAUAAUGUGCUCGCGGACUAUGAGCAGACGUUCAAGACGAUCGGGAGCAAUAUGAAGUAUACGUGAUGCUCUAUCCCACUCUGGCCAUUGCUUACCUGCAAAUGCUUACCUGUGGGGCGGAAAGUUGCAGAGGGCUAUAUCCUUCGUGGGCAGGAACAAGCACGAGCUGGACGACUCGUACAAGAGGCGCAUCGAGAAGCUCAAGCUGAUCCGCAAGCCACUGGACGUGCCACAAAGAGCCCUGGAACUGCUAAGUGGUGCGGACAAAGUGAAGUUCUGCAUGCUCAAGAGCACCUUCAACCAAUUCAAGGUACUCGAAUGGCAGCAUUCGCCGAAUGGGCACCUGAAGCGGUAUUUGGACCACUUCGAAAUCCUAACUUACGAUGAUGACAAGAUACCCCAGGAGCAGACCCUCCGAGAUCGUCCUUUGCCCCCCUUUGUACAUAUAUGUGCAUAAUAAUUGCUAGAUUUAGGGUCUUCUCUUUCUUUCAAAUACCACCUCUUAGAAUCUGUA